AGCGUCCUCAUGAAUAUUAAUGAUGUAAGCCUUCGCUACUGUAGCGUUCGAUGGCGGGAUGUUUGUGAUCUGAAUGGCUGAAGCAGCAGAUUCUUGUUUUCUAGGGUUUGAUUUCAGCACGCAACAGCUGAAAGUGGUCGCUAUUGAUGGAAAGCUUGAGGUUGUUCAUCAGAGCAGCGUUCAGUUUGACAGCGAGCUGCCGGAGUUCAGGACUCAUGGAGGAGUUCAUAUCCAUGAAGACCAGCUGACGGUCACGUCUCCAGCGCUCAUGUGGGUGAAGGCGCUUGAUGUUCUCCUGGAGAAAAUGAGGAACGCUGGGUUUGACUUCUCUCGAGUGAAGGCCGUCUCAGGCAGUGGACAGUCUAGUGGUUUAUAUCUGAAAGCAUAA